AUGAAUCACAAUACUUCUUCCAACCGAGACAUCUCAGCUAUUGGGGUUACUAACAAUGACGAUAACGAGAUCAAGAUCGAGAUUUCUACCUCAGCGCGCUUGAGCAAUCAACACACAAACCUUCGACAACGUAUUCAUGUCAAUCCAGCUCAUCGCAAUAUGGAAAAUCGCACUAAUCCGACUGCAAUGCAUCUGAUGGCGGGAAGUCAAGCUCAAGCAAACUCGAUCUAUCAGGUGCGGGAUGCACGACGUGCUAGCUUCUUGCAAGCAGCAGCUGAAGGUGAGGACAACUAUUGUCAAGCUCAUCGUGGUCCUCACCUCGGGGAAAGAACUGGAAACUUCAGCAGUGCGUUGGCCGACCCUCGACAAUGCGGAGCUCAAGCUCAACCCAAAUAUCACCCUGACUGUGGUCUCCUUCAAGUCGGUUCAGGAUCUAUAACCAACGAUACACCACUUUGGAACUUAGAUGAUGUCUACGAUGCACCUCGCAUGAACAAUUCACCCAAUCCAUUCCAGCUCCCUAAUCAAAUACAACCUAUCCCAGCUAAUCCGGUUUCUCAUGAUCGAAUCAUACCUGCUCAAACUACAAACGCGUUGCCAAUCAAGAUGGUCACACUUCAAGUCUUCCAUGAGGCCUAUCUAUGGGGCCCAAAGGAAAAGUCUCGUGGUUCAACUAGCAAAGCUAUUGGUAGAAGAGGAGCUCGUGAAAACUUAGGAUGCAACUUUGAUAAAACCGACAAGAAAGAGAUGGGACCCAAUCAUCAAAUCACCUUUGAUCUAAAUCGAGUUUCACCUGAAGAUGUCAUCAACAAAAUGGUGGCAGCCCUUGACAAAGUACAACAUAACCUUGGUACUUAUCUGAUCAACAUACUUGCACCUCAGUCUGUUACUUGGUUUGGUGUCAGUCUUACACCACAAUCUCACUUCCGCAACCAAAAGUAUAAUCUUUUUGAAAUCGAUGAAUGGAACGCAUUCAAAGCAUUAUCCGAUCAUCUCCAUAAACCUAGCUCUGCUGGACUCCUUGUUCAGAUGACUGAUCCCGAUGCCCAGGUUGCUACCCAACGCAAGAAAGAAAUAGUUGGGAAUUGUCUUGGCUCGUGGAACACUGGAAAAGCCAUCGCCAAUAGCCAACCGAGUAAUCUAGCCAGCACUUCAACUUUAUCUCAAAAUCUGCCUUCAAAGAUCACUGCGGAUUUGAAAGAUAGUCUUAGUAAGGAGGGUACUGAUCAGGCUCGAUUCAAAGAUCCUAUAGACAACAAGAAAUGGGUAGUGAUAACGCCUCUCAAAAGUAGAAUAUGGGUUGAUGAAAUUGUAUUAGCCCGAAGAGAAGGUCGAACAGACGUAGACUUACACAAGCCUCCUCCAACACCAGCGUUCAAGACGUUCCUCAAUGGAAAACCUCCUCCAGGCUAUGUGGAGUUUCCAAACAAUCCCUUGCCAGUAGGAUUUAUGGCGUCUACUCAAGUACCUUUAGUGCAAAUCCCAUCGAUUAACCCAGCUCCAGCCCAAGAUGAUCGUAUCUAUCAAAGAGAAUACUUGGGAGAUAUCAACGCCUUUUUAAACUAUGCUGAGAUUCCUGAAACCGAUGUUGGCAUUAGGACGAGUUUAAGCAGCGCUCAUUAUACUCGUUGGAGUGAUCUCAAACCAAGUGUUGACAUGAACAGCACUGAACUAAAACAAAUUGGCAUUGCUCCAGGUGACGCCGGCCAUCUCCUUGCUAGUGCAGUCAGAUAUGAAGGCUUCUUGAUGGCCAAGCUGUGUGCGCUUGAUGCACAAAAGCUCUAA